CCCCGCCCGCCUUGCCGCGGUCGCCGGCGGGAGCAGUUCCGGGUGCGCUACGCGCCGGGGGCGGCGUCCUGGCCAUGGCCGGUUUGUCGGACCUGGAGUUGCGGCGGGAGCUGCAGGCCCUGGGCUUCCAGCCAGGACCCAUCACCGACACCACUCGGGACGUCUACCGCAACAAGCUGCGCCGCCUGCGGGGCGAGGCCCGGCUUCGCGACGAGGAGCGGCUGCGGGAGGAGGCCCGGUCGCGGGCCCCGGAGCGGCUGCGGGAGGAGGCCCGGCUGCGCUGCGGGCCCCGCGAACGGGCUCUGCGGGAGCAGCGCGCUCCCGGCCGGAGGCGGGGCGGCGGCUGGAGCGCUGCCUGUCUCGGCUGCUGCUCUGGGCCAGCCUGGGGCUGCUGCUCGUCUUCCUGGGCAUCCUCUGGGUGAAGAUGGGCAAGCCCUCGGCGCCGCAGGAGGCGGAGGACAACAUGAAACUGUUGCCCGUGGACUGUGAAAGAAAAACAGAUGAGUUCUGCCAGGCCAAGCAGAAGGCGGCCUUGCUGGAGCUGCUGCACGAGCUCUACAACUUCCUGGCCAUCCAAGCCGGUAAUUUUGAGUGUGGAAAUCCAGAGAAGCUAAAAAGCAAAUGCAUUCCCGUUCUGGAAGCUCAGGAAUACCUAGCAAAUGUGACCAGCAGCUCCUCGUCCAAGUUUGAAGCCGCACUGACCUGGAUACUGAGCAGCAACAAGGAUGUGGGCAUCUGGUUGAAAGGAGAAGACCCCUCCGAGCUGGUGACAUCUGUGGACAAAGUGGUCUGCCUGGAGUCUGCGCGCCCCCGCAUGGGCGUCGGCUGCCGGCUGAGCCGUGCCCUGCUCACCGCUGUCACCCACCUGCUCAUCUUCUUCUGGUGCCUGGCCUUCCUGUGGGGACUCCUGAUCCUCCUGAAGUACCGAUGGCGGAAGCUGGAGGAGGAGGAGCAGGCCAUGUACGAGAUGGUGAAGAAGAUCAUAGACGUGGUCCAGGACCACUACGUGGACUGGGAGCAGGACAUGGAGCGCUACCCGUACGUGGGCAUCCUGCAUGUGCGUGACUCCCUCAUCCCACCACAGAGCCGGAGGCGCAUGAAGCGGGUGUGGGACCGCGCCGUGGAGUUCCUGGCCUCCAACGAGUCCCGGAUCCAGACAGAGUCGCACCGCGUGGCUGGGGAGGACAUGCUGGUGUGGAGAUGGACUAAGCCCUCCUCCUUCUCUGACUCAGAGCGAUAGGCCCCCGCAGGGCCUGUUCCACGUCGGCCGUCCCAGGGCCAGGGCGGCCGGACUCGGUGCUGCAUUCACACUUGCCUUGACUGCCGCCCUCCGCCCGGCUGCGGGGGAGCCGCUUCCUCGAGGUGGUGAGCCGGGCGCAGCCUGUCCUGUGCCCGCUUCGCUGGCGGAAGAGGGGAGAGGGUUUGUUCUCCACGGACACAGACGUAGGGCAGCAGCUGCGGGGCCGGCGCAGAGCACGGGUCGGGCGGCAGCUGCUCGGCCUGGGAGGUGGGUCAGGGACGGCGGGUUGGGGCGGCAGGGACGGGAGUGGCUUGGUCCAUGUGCCUUUGGGGUUACCUGGGAACUCAAGGGUAGGGGAGAAAGCCUGACUCGGCGGCGGAUGGGAUGCGUUCGUCUGAGCACGGACGAUGCUAGGAGUUAGAGCGGUGACUAGGGACUGUCCAGGGUCCCCGCACCCCGGGUCCGGGCGGGUAGUGAGGGGCGGGGGCCAGGCCGCAGUGGCGCUCCUCACACAAGCUGCGGUUUCAGACCAGACCUGCAGCCAGGCACUGCUGGGAGGAGAAUGAACACAGGCUCCGGGGCGCAGGGCGGGGCGCCUGUCACUUUCUGGAGCAAGGCCACGCGUUUUACUGUGACCGCAUCCGCCGCCGGGCCCAAAGCUCUGGCCGGGCAGGCGCCACGGCAGUCGCACACUGCCCCCUGCUGGCCGCCAGGCGGCCCUGUGACUAUCCGGGCCGGGGCAGGAAGGACUCCGUCCGCCCCCUUGUGGGCUGACUGGUGUUUUUGUCUCCUGAGUAAAGCUCCGGUCACCCUCAUUUGAGCAAUAUGCUCAUUUCCUGUCUGGAGCGUGCGGGGCUGGAGUCCGGGCACCAGCCCUGUUCUCAUAACCAGGCCCCGCCAGGGUGGAACAUGACAGGCUUCCUAUCAGGAUCAGAACUGGAUAAAUAAACUUUAUUAAAAAUG